AUGUCGUCCAAGCCUGUCAUCAGCGUCAUUGGCUCACUAAAUGUCGAUUUCGUCACACUCACACCACGCGUACCUGCCGCUGGUGAGACGUUAACCGCGACAUCACUUGCCGUACACCCUGGAGGCAAAGGUGCUAAUCAAGCCGUAUCCUGUGGCAAAGCCUCCUUUGCAACAGAAGCUAACCAGGAUGUCACUGUGGAAAUGGUCGGAUGCGUGGGCAAGGGUGAUCCUUAUUAUGCUUCGCUCCUCAAACCGACUCUGGAGCAAAGUGGUGUGGGCACCUCAGCAAUAGAGGAGCUCGAAGGAAGUCAGACAGGUACUGCCACGAUCCUGGUAGAAGAGAAUGGUCAGAAUCGCAUCCUCUUCGUACCAGGAGCCAAUUUUGAUGGCAUGCGCGAUUCGGCCAAAGCUAUUGCGGCCUCCACCCAGCCAACUGAGCCGAGCGUGCUGGUGAUGCAGGGCGAAAUUCCAGCGGACGCGACUUUCAAAAUUAUCGAACACUUUGGCAGAAGCUCGACACAGGUUGUACUCAAUCCUGCUCCGGUAUAUACCGACGGUGUUCCUGCAUCGGUCUUGAAGCACGUGGAUUUCCUGGUGGUCAACGAGACCGAAUGUAUGCUUCUCGCGCAGGCUAUUCCUGACGCCAAAAUCACCGUCAAGGACGAGGAAGACAUGUCAUCUGACGAGCUCAAGUCCAUCGCUGCCACAUUUCAUCAGACCAUCGGUGUCCGAAAUUUGCUGGUCACGCUUGGGGCCAAGGGCGUGUUCUAUUCUACCCAGGCUGGGCAGCAGGAUCUUGUCUCUGGCCUAAAGGUACCCAAAGUCGUCGACACUACCGCAGCUGGUGACACGUUCGUGGGAUAUUUUGCUGCAGCAUUAGCCCGGCACAUCGCCAAAGAAGGCUCUGCGGACGGCUUCAAUAUUGCUGCAGCCACCCUGAGAGCAAAUGCAGCUGCCGCUCUAUGCGUCCAAAGAAGUGGAGCAAUGCAGAGUAUCCCAUUUGGCUAUGAGGUCAAGUAA